AUGCCCAGCACAGCCGGUGCUCCCAUGCCCGGCACACCCAGCACUCCCGUCCCCGUGCCCGAUGCAGCUGAUGCUCCCAUGCCUGGCACGCUCAGCAUUCCCAUUCCCAUGCCCAGCGCAGCUGGUGCUCCCAUCCCCAGCACACCCAGUAUUCCCAUUCCCGUGCCCGAUGCAGACAGUGCUGCAGCUCCAGCCCYGGGCACUCUCCCGCUGGGGCUCCCUCCGGCUGCAGCGCCGGGAAAGCAGAGGGCGCAGCAGCUGAAGACGCAGCUGGCCACGCUCACCAGCGCGCUGGCCACCGUCACGCAGGAGAAGUCCCGCAUGGAGGCCUCCUACCAGGCGGACAAGAGGAAGAUGAAGCAGGAGCUGGAAGAGGCCGCCGGGAGAGCGGAGGCCGAGCGGGAGAGGCUGGAGGCCGAGCUGCGGUCGGCGCAGGAGCAGCUGGCGGAGACCAAGGCGCGCCUCAUCACGCAGCAGCACGAGCGGGCGCAGGAGCAGGGCGACCACGCGCUCAUGCUGCGCGAGCUGCAGCGGCUGCUGCAGGGCGAGCGGGCGGCGCGGCAGGCCGCCGAGCUGCAGCUGGAGGAGGCGCGGGCGCCGGCGGCGGGCGGGCAGAGCGCGGCCGAGCUGCGCCGCGAGCUGGAGGAGCUGCGGGGGGAGCUGCGCGCCGCGCGCGAGCAGGGCGCCCGGCCCGACCCGCGCCUGCGCCGCCUGCACGACGAGAUGGCCGCGCUCAAGAGCCACUGCCAGGCCCAGCUGCUGCUCGAGAUGAGGAAGGCGGCCCAGGCAGAGGAGCAGCUCCGGCAGCAAGCGCAGACGGAGGAGCGGCGAGUGGCCAGCCUGGAGGCGCAGAUCUCCGAGGUGUCCGAGCUCCUCGGCACCUACGAGAAGGCCAAGCAGAAGGACCAGCUGGUCAUCCAGAAGCUGAAGGACCGAAUCGCCCAGCUGGACCUGGAGAACAAAACCCUGGCCAUCGCGGCGUCCAGCCGCUCUGCCGCGGACGUGCACGUGGAGGAAGCCAACCUGGACGUGAACGUGCUCAAGGAUAAGAUGGAGAAGCUGAAGAGGCUGCUGCAGGCGGCGGCCAGCAAGGGCCAGCCCGCGCUGGACAUCGAGAAGCUGUGCGAGCUGGAGCUGCCCAAGGGCCCCGAGACGGGCGACGGCGAGAAGGCCACUGCCCUGUACUACCAGCAGGAGCUAAAGCAGCUCAAGGAAGAGUUUGAGAGGUACAAGAUGAGGGCGCAAGUGGUGCUCAAGAACAAGUCGGCCAAAGACGGCAGCCUGGCUAAAGAACUGGAGGAAGCUCAAGAGCAGCUGGCGGAUCUGAGGGAGAAGUACGUYGUGCUGCGGCUCUCCUCGGAGGAGAUGGAGAAGCAGCACCAGCAAGAUCUGGAGGCCAAGAAGCAGGAGAUGUCCCAGCUGCAGCAAGCRCACAGGCAGGAACUGGAGCGCUGCCAGCUAGAUUACAGGGAGCRAACCCUGAAGCUGGAGGAGGAGAUGCACAAGCAGCGGGAGCGGGCGCURGCCGUGCUGGCGGAGAAGGACCAGGAGCUGGAGCAGCUCAGGGCYGUCACGCUGCCCUGUGGGCUCCAAGGGUCCAAGAACUCCCUGAGCCCGGGCAGUGACGUUGCCAGCGGUGACUCGCCGGCAGACGACUCCUCGGAGGGUCUCCCGCAGGCUCUUCCCCUCGCCGCCCCCACGGAGCCCACGUUCUUCCUGUACGCGGAGCAGCUGGCGCGCAAGGAGGUGGAAAUCGUGGCGCUGAGGAAGCAGAAGCACAGGCUGGAGACGGAGCUUCACCGGCUCCAGGAGAGGCUCCUGGUGGAGGGGGAGAAGCACCGCGAAGAGGUGACCGCGCUGCAGGACGAAAUCCAGAAGAAUUUCAGAGACAAGAGCAGAGAGGGGGCCAACCUGGAGUACCUCAAGAACAUCGUCUACAGGUUUUUGACRCUGCCGGAUUCCCUUGGUCGCCAACAGACUCUCACUGCCAUACUGACUAUUCUGCAUUUCAGCCCGGAGGAGAAGCUGAGUAUCGCGAAGCAGUCGCCUUACGGCAGCCGGUGGCUCUCUGGGAAGAGAUGAGGGGGGAGAUUUGCGCUCAGAGCUGCUUUUCUACAACAACGUGUUUGAUUGUUAUCAAGCCAAGGCCGGAUCGCGCGCGGGUGAGCUCUUACCAGGCACGUGGGAGGAAGCAGAGCGCUGCACUGCGUCAGCACUAAGGUGAAGCAGAAUGGUUCCAGCUGCUCCCAUGGGAUCCAGCCCUCUUGGGUGAGGUUCCCCCCAAGUAGGAACUUGAUUAAAAAAAAAAAUAAGGUGCUGAUAGUUCUUAAAAUCAACUUAAAUCUGUUCUGUCAGCAUGAGAUGGGGAACCUUAUUAUUAGGGUGAAAGGUGCUUCUAUCUUGAAACUCCAGAUUUCGAUCAAGCAGAUGAUUCAAAAUCUAUUAUAAAAAGCACUUGACGUGGUGCUAAAAUUACAUAACACAGAAUGGAAAGCCUGCAAGCAGGAUGACUCCUAACUACGAGCAUCACCCAGCGCAGAAAGUCCCCAGCAGUUGCACAGGAGGUGUCGUUUCCCGAGUAAGGGCUGUGUGCGUGGGUGCCCCUGGAGCCCCAUGUUGGGGGUUCUCCUGCCCAGGAACGCUCCCCGAGCAGCUCCGGUGCUUCCCGGGAGGACUGGGAGCUGCUCCCAGUGUUCAGCAUUUCAGCCCCUUGUAACUGAGGGAGCCGGGAGUGUUUCCCUGGUUUUCAGCCCCCGAGCAGCCGCUGGGCUAUGGGGCUCGGACUCUGAUCCUUUGUGGGCUGAGAACUGGGGUAUUAACCACAAGCAACCCAAGGAAAGGCCUAAAUAGACAAAUUCAUCCUUUAACACUCAGACAGUUACCUCCUAACACCCUUCCGAGCGUUUCUGAGGGAUUCCUGAUGCUUCAGGUGUGCUCCA